AUGCAGGAGAAUGAGUCCUUGAGAGAAUUCGUGAAACGAUUUGGUCAGGUUGUGUUGCAAGUAGAGGCCUAUAGCAUGGAUGCUGUCCUCCAAAUCUUCAAACAAAGCAUAUGCCCAAGUACCCCAUUCUUUGAAGCACUCGCUAAAAAGCUUCUCACGACGAUGGAUGACUUGUUCCGGCGUGCAAGCAAAUACUCAACGCUGGAAGAUGAUGUGCGUGUAGCCACCCAGCAAAUUUUGGUCAUCGGACAAACAUCCAGAAGCGACGCGGAAAGAAGUUCCAAACCUUCGAACCAGCCUAGGACGUCUGAUCGAAGGCAGGGGGAGCAAAGUCGCCCGGAGCUGCCGCCUCUUACUCUCCUUACUAUGUCAUAUGAGAAGCUCCUUUUUAUGAUACAAGACCUGUCCGACUUCAGGUGGCCCAGACCCAUCAAAACGGACCCAGCCAAGAGAGAUCAUAGCAAGAUGUGUGCUUACCACAAAGAGCAUGGUCAUACUACGGAGCGAUGCAAGAGUCUCCAUUACUUGGUAGAAAAGCUCAUAAAAGCAGGACAUUUGAAGCAAUACCUCCUCUCAGAAGCUUGGGUUAGAGAUACUUCCCGGAGCCGCGAUUCUGGGACCUUUAGGGCCCCAACCGCCCCUAAGGCCGUCAUCAAUUACAUCCACAGAGGACCACUAGAUGAGGAGUACAACUCCAAAUGA